AUGACGAAGAUGGAGGCACAACAGGCUAAGCAUGAAGUCGUCGAGGACUAUGAAACAAGGGUUCCUCAAAUGUUGUUAAGAAUGGCUUCAAACGACGAUCUUGAAUUUUCUUUUGAAGUUAAUUCCUUCUUGGAUUCGCUAGAAACUUUUAAUGCUGUCACGGAGCGUCAAGAAAAUCCUUCGUUGUUGGCUUCUCAACAUGAGCACCGUGAGAUGGUUCCAUAUGUCCCUGUCUCUGCUGCCACAAAUGAUGUAUAUCCACCAUCAUUGAUAGAAAAUCCGAACACUGAUCAAGAGACAUUAACAAGAAAUCCAAGCUUUGAUCAAGAGAGAGUAACACAAAAUCAAAGCUUCCGUCAUGUGGACGAUUAUUCUAGAUCUAUCAACGCAUUACAGUUAUCUCCCAACGUGCCAUCAUGUACAUUCCCGAAUGGCCAAAGAGAAAGUAUCUACAGUAAAAACUGUUUGCUAACCUCAGCCAAUAACGCGAUGAUGAGCACUGGACUACAAUCAGUUGGUUCACAACAUGGAUAUGUAAACCAAAGCUAUCAACAACCUUUGAUGUCGCAAACAAAUCACCACCUCUUUAACGAUCCAUAUGUUUCACUAAUGAUGGAAAGUAAUGCACAACAAGUGGAGAAAGCUAAUGGACUUACAAAUUUCAAUCCUAUGUAUGGCCUUCGAGAUCAUCGCCUUCCUCCUUUUGGAUGCAGCUUUCAGGGAGAACGACAUAAUCUCGACUUAAUAGUUGACCAACUCAAGCAUAUCAGUGGAAAUGAUCAGAUGCAACAAGCUGAAACGUCCAACAGGCAUAUUCCACCAUAUGAGGAGGCUUUGCAAAGCAAUCAACACCAGAUUCCUUAUGCGUCGUCUGCAAAUACUAUACCAAAUCCAGGGCCGGAAAACUAUCCACCCUUUGCGCAGACGCCAUAUCAAUCUGAUCCAUUUGCUUUUAAUUUCCAAAAUUCAAGCUCAGUUAAAACUACUCGUCGAGCCCGGGGAAGGCCGAGAAAAAAUCAAAUUCCGUUGCCUUUGGUACCUACAACUCAAACGCUUUUAACCUCUCCCAGACAUUAUGGCACACAAGAUAAGGGAAAACAACCUAUUACAGCAAGGCCGCCUUUUAACCCAAGUCUCUACGAUCAAUGUCAAAAUUCAUACACAAACACAAUGAUCCAACAAAGUGGAGUUAUGAGGCAACGUAGUAUUUAUGAUCAACUCGAAAAUGAAUGCUCAUCGUUUAAAACAAGGAGGAUCAUGGUCCCGUGUCAAGAGAAAUCUAUAGCAGAUUCAUCAACGGCUUCCUUUUGGCAAGAUGGAAAUUUGCGUUCAUCAAGUGCUGCAGGCAGUAACCAUGAAGAGAGGCCCAUAAAAAAUACAAUGUAUGAUCCAUUGUACGCAGGUGUUGGAUUACCCAUCGAUCCUCAUUUGAGGCUCUUUUAGUUAACUUUAUUG